CCGGGCCGCGCCCCGCCCGCGGCGCCGGGAAGCCCUGGGCGGUGGGCGGCACGGGGCGCUGCAGUUGCCGGUCUGCGCCUCGGGCGGUCGGGGUCCCGCGGAGCAGAGGAGGCAGACCCAGCAUCAUGGACACUCUUUCUGAAGCAAAUGGUGCCUUUGCCCUCCGCCUUUUAAAGAUACUGUGUCAAGAUGACCCUUCACGCAACGUGUUUUAUUCUCCCGUGAGCAUCUCCUCUGCCCUGGCCAUGGUCUUCCUGGGGGCAAAAGGAGACACUGCUGCCCAGUUGGCCCAGGUGCUUUCUUUAAACACAGAGAAAGACAUUCAUGAGGAUUUCCGGGCACUUCUCACAGAGCUGAACAAGCCUGGCACUCAGUACUUGCUCAGAACGGCCAACAGGCUCUUUGGAGAGAAGACCUGUGAAUUUCUGUCUAUCUUUAAGGAAGCCUGUCUUUGGUUCUACCACACUGAGCUGGAGCAGCUCUCCUUUGCCAAAGCUGCAGAGCCGUCCAGGAAACAAAUAAACGCUUGGGUCUCAAAAAAGACUGAAGGUAAAAUUCCAGAGUUGUUGCCGGGUAACUCAAUUGAUGCGCAGACCAGGCUGGUUCUCAUCAACACAGUCUACUUCAAAGGAAGGUGGAAUGAGCAAUUCAACGAAGCGUACACAAGGGAGAUGCCUUUUAGAGUAAACCGGAAGGAGCAAAGGCUGGUGCAGAUGAUGUUUCAGGAAGGCACGUUUAGACUCGCGCACAUCGAGGAGGUGCAGGCCCAGGUGCUCGAGCUGCCCUACGCGGGUGAGGAGCUGAGCAUGGUCAUCCUGCUGCCUGACGACCACGUGGCUCUGAGCUCGGUGGAAAAACAUCUCACUUUUGAGAAAUUCCUUGCCUGGACCCACCCAGACUGCAUGAAAAGCACAGAAGUGGAAGUUUUCCUCCCGAGAUUUAAACUGGAAGAGGCUUAUGACCUGGGGUCUGUGCUGCAGGGUCUGGGGGUGGUUGACGCCUUCCAGCAGGGCAGGGCUGACUUCUCGGCCAUGUCAGCCGACAGCGACCUGUGUCUGUCCAGGUUUGCGCACAAGAGUUUGGUGGAGGUGAACGAGGAAGGCACGGAGGCCGCGGCCGCUUUGGCCGUGACAGUGGUGGAGUGUUGCCUGGAGUCUGGACCCAGGUUCUGUGCCGACCGCCCCUUUCUUUUCUUCAUCAGGCACAACAAAGCCAGCAGCAUUCUCUUCUGCGGCAGGCUUUCCUCCCCAUAGGGGAUGCACUCACCGUGCGUGGGCGCUUUUCCCUCUCUGUGUCCCCAAAUCCCACUCCACAGCGCCCGGAGGAUGGGCCUGGGCAGGCUCCCACCCGGCUGAAUGAUCCGCCAGCACAAUCCCUCGCUUCUUCCCCUGCUGACCACUUGUUUGUGCUACUUAAGCAGGAUCGCGGGACAGGAGACCUUAACGAUUCCCUGCUGUAUUUGAGAUGCAGCCCAAACCCCACAGGACGGCAGGCAAAGUGCUCCUCUGUGGUCCCAGACUUACUUCCCACUCAUUCCAUGUACCAUCCUCUCGAGUUACGCUGUGUUCUCAACUCUGGUCACAUACUUGCCUUAGACCAUUUCAGUAGUAAUAGAUGCUACUCCCUAUCGCUACCAUUUUAUAGAUUUCGUGGUGCUUGUGCUUUUUAGGAAGUUUCUUUAAUGUUCAUUUUCAUUUUCUCUUUCUUUAACAUUCAUUGGUCACCACGAAUGUUCCAAAUACCGCAUCAGGUGCUGGGGCCGCAAAGGGGUGGAGUCACGGUCCCCUGGCACCUGCCUGCUAGUGCCCAUGCCGGAAUUAGGCAGCUUUGAGGACAACCAGGCUGGACUCGGUGAUGCCCUUAAACUUACCAUGUGACCCUUGUAGGGAUCACACCUUUCUUCGUGUUACUAUAUUUCUGCACCUCAAACUCUAACGGUAAAAAUUCCAUUCAACCGUUAAAGCUCAUCUCCAAUGUCUUCUUCUCCGAGAAAUGUUUCCUUUUCUGCGUAACCAGACGUGCGUCUUUGAACUCUCACUGCACCGAGGGAGGGCCUGUCUCUUAUGGUAGUUGCGUUCUCCAGCUAGACUCUAAGUUCAUCAGGGGUCGGGACUGUGUUUUACACAUCAGUGUGCCACUUGUUGUGCACUGAUAAGCAGUUUGAUCUUUGAUGAGCUCUGUGACUUUAAAAAAAAACGGAUUAGAAAUCAGCGAUUUUAUUGGGUUUUUUUUAAGAACUCUUUUUAUCGAGGUGAAAUUCACAUAACAUAAAAUUACCAUUUUAAAGUGAACAAUGCAUUGGCCUUUAACAAUGUUGUGCAACCACCACGGUGAUCUAGUUCCAAAAAUAUUUUAUCACCCCAAUGGAAAACCCUGUACCCACUAAGCAGUUACUCCCCAUUCCCUCCUCCUCCCAACCCCCGGCAGACACCAAUCUGCUUUCCAUCUCCAUGGAUGUACCUGUGCUGGUAAUUUCAUGUAAGUUGAAUAGUAUAAUAUAUACCAUAUACUCCUUUUGUGCCUGGCUUCUUUCGCCUCGCAUAAUGUGCUCAGGGUUCAUCCAUGUUGUAGCAGGUGUCAGCACUUCAUCCUUUUUUAUGAUUGAAUAAUAUUGCAUUGUAUGGAUAGAGCACGUUUUGUUUAUCCAACCAUCCAUUGAUGGACAUUUGGUUUGUUUUCACCCUUCGGCUAUUUGUGAGUAAUCCUGCUAUGAAUGUGCAUGUACAUGUAUUUAUUGGAAUGUUUGUUUUUCAUUCUUUUGGGUACAAUACCUAGGAGGAAAUUGCUGGGUCAUAUGGUAAUUCUAUGUUUAACUUUUUGAGAAACCACCAAACUUCUUUCCACAGUGGCUGCUUUCCACUGGCACUGUAUAAGGGUUCCAAUUUCUCCAUAGCCUUGCCAAUACUUGUUAUUUUCUUUCUUUUUAAAAAAAAAAUUAUGGCCAUCCCAGUGAGUGGGAAGUGAUAUCUCAUGUAGUUUUCAUUUGUAUUUCCCUAACGACUAAUAAUGUUGAGCAUCUUUUCACGUGCUUACUGACCAUUUGUAUAUAUCUUCUUUGGAGAAAAGUUUGUUCAAGUCCUUUGUUCAUUUUUUCACUGGGUUGUUUGUCUUUUUGUUGUCAAGGUAAGCGUUCUUUAUAUAUUCUGGAUACUAGACCCUUAUCAGAUAUGUGACUUGCAAGUAUUCUCUCCCAUUCUUUAGGUUAUAUUUUCCCUUUCUUGAUAAUGCCCUUUGAUCCACAAAAGUUUUUAAUUCAAUGAAGUUCAGUUUAUUUUUUUCUUUUGUUGCUUAUACUUUUGGUGUCAUAGCUAAGAAUCUAUUGCCCUAUCCAAAGUCAUGAAGAUCUACAGCUAUGUUUUUUCCUAAGACUUUUAUGGUUUUAGCUCUUAUAUUUAGAUUGUUAAUCCAUUUCGAUAUCUAUGAUAUGAGGUAGGGGUCCAACUUAAUAUUUUUGCAUAUGGGGUACCCUGUUGUCCCAGUACCUGUAACUCUUUUUGAAUUGAAAAAAGUGUUGAUAAUAGUCAAAAAGGAAAGGUAAUAUCUAAACAAUUAAUAAGGUGAAAAAUUACUCAAUUUUGAAGAAACACCAUAGCCAAAUUGAAAGAAAAUAUUAUAAAAAUAUUAUUAAAUAUCUAUAAAAAUUAUAUUUGCCAACAGUAUAUCUGAUAAGGGGUUAAUAUCCAAAAUAUACAAAGAACUCAUACAAUUCAACAUCAAAAAACAGUCUGACUGAAAAAUGGACAGAGAACCUGAAUAGAUAUUUUUCCAGAGAAGAUGUACAGACGGCCAACAGACACAUGAAAGGAUGCUCAACAUCACUAAUCAUCAGGGAAAUGCAUCAGGUUCCUCAAAAAAAUUAAAAGUAGAACUACCACAUGAUUAACAAUUCCACUUCUGGGUAUUUUCUCAAAGAAAACAAAAACACUAAUUCAAAAAGAUACAUGUACCCCUAUGUUCAUUGCAGCAUUGUUCAUAACAGCCAAGAUAUGGAAGCAACCUAAGUGCCCAUCGAUAGAUGGAUGAAGAAGAUGUGGUCUAGAGGAGUCAAGAUGGUGGCACGGGAGGACGCAGAGUUCGCGUCUCCCCACAACUAGGGCGCUUGCCAGAUGCUGGGGGGACCCUGAUGCCCAAGGAGACGGGGAGAACCCCCAAGCGAACGGAUGAAUGGAUAAAGAAGAUGUGGCACAUAUGUACAAUGGAAUAUCACUCAGCCAUAAAAAGAAACGAAAUGGAGUUAUUUGUAGUGAGGUGGAUGGACCUAGAGUCUGUCAUACAGAAUGAAGUAAGUCAGAAAGAGAAAAAUACCGUAUGCUUACACAUAUAUAUGGAAUCUAAAAAAAAAAGAGGUACUGAUGAACCUAGUGGCAGGGCAGGAAUAAAUACGCAGAUGUAGAGAAUGGACUUGAGGAACGGGGAGGGGGAAGGGUAAGCUGGGACGAAGCAAGAGAGUGGCCCGUACAUACAUACACUAUCAAAUGUAAAAUAGAUAGCUAGUGGGAAGCAGCCACACAGCACAGGGAGAUCAGCUCGGUGUUUUGUGAACACCUAGA